GCAAGCGUCUUCCGAUCUCCUGUCGCAAAACAAACCGUGUACUUGCCGAGUUGCCUUACGAAGACCACACCGGCGAAGUUGGCUUCGCUGCUUAGACGAUCUUCCUCGUGACCCCACGUUCUCCCACACCCACCGUGCUUGGAGUUUCCGCCCACUUGGGACUUGGACCGGGAGCCAUGAUGUUCUUUAAGGGGCUGUGCCUAAGCCUCAUGAUCGCCACAGUCUUGGGCGCGGGCCGUGGAGGAGGAGCCUAUGGUGGAGGAGCUGGUGGUCACCAUGGAGGUGGUGGUGCUGGAGGAUUUGGCGGUCACCACGGCGGGGCUGGUGGUGGCGGAGCCGGCGGACUUGGAGGCCACCAUGGUGGUGGAACAGGUGGUGGAGCAGGAGGCUUUGGAGGCCACCACGGAGGGGGUGCUGGUGGUGGCGCGGGAGGUUUCGGAGGCCACCAUGGUGGAGGCGCCGGAGGAGCGGGAGGAGGCCUCGGUGGAGGCCUCGGUGGUGGCCUAGGAGGUGGCCACCAUGGUGGAGGAGGUGGUCUUGGUGGCGGUGGAUAUGGCGGCGCUGGAGGUGCAGGCGGCUACGGUGGUUCCCGUGGAGGGGCCGGUGGUUAUGGUGGUGGAGCUGGCGGAUAUGGAGGAGGCGCUGGCGGCUAUGGAGGAGGUGGUGACUAUGGCCAGCCCACCCCGUACAACUUCGGCUACGACGUGAAGGACGAGUACGGUAACAGCCAGAACCGCCAGGAGAGUGGAGAUGGCAGCGGCACUGUCAAGGGCAGCUAUGGCUACACCGACACCAAUGGCAUCUACCGCCAAGUCAGUUACGUUGCUGACCAGAAUGGAUUCCGUGCCGUCGUCAAGACCAACGAGCCGGGAGUGGGACCAGCCAGUCCCGCUGACGCCGAGUUUGUCGUCGAGCAGCCACCCGCAGGCGUCGUCAGCCAGUACGCUGGAGCCCGCGGUGGAGGUGGAUAUGGCGGAGCAGGUGGAUACGGUGGUGCGGGCGGAGCAGGUGGAUACGGUGGUGCAGGUGGAGCAGGUGGAUACGGCGGUGCAGGCGGAGCAGGCGGAUACGGAAGUGCGGGUGGAGCCGGUGGAUAUGGCGGAGGUCACCAUGGCGGCACCGGAGGAGGGCACCACGGUGGUGCCGGCGGCGGCGCUGGAGGCCACCAUGGCGGAGCCGGUGGUUAUGGCGGAGGUGCGGGUGGAUACGGAGCCGGUAAAUUUGGCGGAGGUGCCGGAGGAUACGGUAGUGGUGCUGGCGGAUACGGAGGCUCUGCUGGGAAAUACGGCGGAAGCUCUGGCGGAUACAGCAGCGGAGCAGGUGGUGCCGGAGGCGGAAGUGGCCCCUGGAAGUACUAGUGCCCCUUAAGAUAUUAUAACCGCUGCCGCAUACGGAAGCUUUUUAACAACCUAAAGGGUGCAGUUUGUGACACCCAACGGCAACUAAAACACCUCUUAUGCUUAUUACUGUGAUUGUUUCUAGCAAAAUGUGAGAGAAAAAUACUCUAGCUGCCGCGCCACUAACGAGCACACCUGUUGUUAAAGCUUGUCUCCUUACAAUCUGACGGAGCUUCCAUUUACUAGACCUGUUUUGGCGAAUAUGACAUGAUAGAUGAUUCAGAGAUACGAGAACGUCCAACUUUUAUGAGCGCGCGGUGAGUUGUGGAACUAAAGCCGUUGGGUGCUAACGCAUACUUUUGGGAACAGAAAAAAAGUUGAGUGUGUUGGUGUACCGUAGAUGGUGAGCUGUGGGGCUUCAUGCUUUCACCGAUUCUCGAGGACUUUGCACUUGUAAAUCUGUGUGUGUUGUGUGCCGUGUUUGGUGUGGAGGGGGUGAGUUCUAGCUUUGUUGUACUGUGAUUGCUAAUAACAAAUGGCAAGGCAUGAGACGAUGCUUUUUGCACGUCUAGGUCUUAACAGAAGCUUUUUUGCAAGCCUGCCUUUUGCUCGGUUGAGCUGGCUCCCGAGAAGAGAAUAAUGCUUUUCCAUCGGGACAGUUCUGGGCGUGCUGUGGGCAUGCGCUGCUGUUUUUGUUUCCUGGUAACGACAGCGAGGCAUUACACUGCCUUCAUCGUUGUUCGUUUGUGGGUUCGUCUUGGGCGAUUUUAUUCUAGCGUGUGUUUGGUAGAGUUUUCGGGAAGCAAGCUCUCUGUCCUAUUGACCCAUCACCAUGUUCAUCGUGCAUUAGUGUGGUGUGGCUAGUGGCUUUUAGUAUGAGUGCACUUUCUUGCUUACAGCUUUUCUCGUUUACUUUAACAUAUGGGAAGUGUGCAUCUGUGCUGUUUGUUGUUUCGAUGUUAUUACCUGUCGUUGUAGGCGCUUGCGCCAAUGGGCAAGGGAGCGGCAUCUGUUGUCAGUUCAAUACUCGACGUUCUUACACUAUACGGGAUGGGCUGCUGUAGACAGGAGAACUGCCAAACUGUGUUCUGCGUCAGUGCGUUGUAUUUUCACUUCUGUACAUGAAUGCGUGUUUUGUAAAUGAGACUUGCGUCUGUCCCUCACUCGCUGUGUGGCUGGGUCAUCUGUCUGAGUUCUUGAGUGUGCUUCUGGAACCUUGUGCAAUAAAUAUUAUUUAAGUUACU